AUGACCACUGCACAAAGACUUCUCAUCACUAUGUCUUGUGAAGUCACCAUUCACCAGACAUUGACUGCUUUUAUUCUCCUGGGUUUUCUAGUUGGGAUUGCUUCAACACACCCAGCUGUAAGCAGAAGUAAUGGAACAUUGCUGGAAAGAGGAUGGCAAUCUCUGUUGUCCAGAUCCAUUUCUGAGAUGUCAGGGGAAAAGUCAGAUAUGAAGUGGGAGAAUGACUACUUGCUAGGAAUCAAGAGGCAGCGGAGGCUUUACUGCAACGUGGGCAUCGGGUUUCAUCUUCAAAUCCUCCCAGACGGAAGGAUAAAUGGAGUUCACAAUGAAAACCAAUACAGCCUCUUUGAAAUAUCUACUGUAGAAAGAGGUGUUGUAAGCCUGUUUGGUGUGGAAAGUGCUCUCUUCGUUGGAAUGAACAACAAGGGGAAGCUGUAUGGAACUGCUAAUUUCCAAGAUGAGUGCAAAUUCAAAGAAACCUUGCUGCCCAAUAACUACAAUGCAUAUGAAUCAAAUGCUUACCAUGGUGCUUAUAUAGCACUCAGCAAACAUGGGAGAGUGAAGAAAGGCAAUAAAGUUUCUCCUGCUAUGACAGCGACCCACUUUUUAGCAAGAAUAUGAGAGGAUCAAAGGAGAAGAUCUAAACCCCAAGAAAAACCACUUCAUUUUGCACAUUGGAAUAAUUUCCCAGGUAGAGUAUGUAUGUUGUUCAUUGAAAAAAAAAUCUAUAUGUGUAUGUAUGUAUUUGGAUGAAAAUAUUUGUAACAGAUUCAACAUAGAGAAUACGUAUUCUGCUUCUCCUCUACUGUGUACAAAUUUUACAUGGCUGUGUGCCUCAUUUGGUGCUGAUCAAAACAAAAUACAAGUUAGAGUGCAAAGGGAAAAAAGUAUUUGAAAAAUGUAGAGUUUCUGCAAUAAUUAUCUAAUCAAUCAUUUAUUAUUUACAAAUUUAUAUUUAUUACCUCAGAAAAUAAGCCUUCAUAAUGAGCUGUUUACACAUCACGUGCCAAAUCAUCAGAUGACUACUUCAUCAGAUUCAAGUAGUUUGCUCCAUCUGAAUAUCUGCCUGUAUCUCCUCUUCUACAAUUGUACACAUGGAUUCUGUCUCGUAAGGUCCUCAGUUGAUUUUGAUUAUGAUGGUGUUCAUUCCACAAGCAUUUCUACACAAGUAAACUGUCUAUCCCUGGAGCCCCUCUGUUUCUGAAAAGAUUCUGCAGGGUAUCCUCACAUGAACUUGUUGAUAAAAUGAAAACCUACAGUAAAUUUCCACCGGAAUAGAGCCACAGGAUAAAUCAGAAAUUGAUCCCAAAUGCAGAAUACAUGAGGAUAUGAGGAAAUUGAGUGCCACCCGACUGGCACUUUGUGUGCUGUUUAAGUUUAGACCAACCUCCAAUGCAGAAGUGUACACUUUCAAUAUAUAAACAUAGAUAUGGGAUGUGCGUGUAUCUAAAUAAUUAUAUACUUAUAAUGUAUCUCUGGAUGCAUCCUAUAUCUAGACACUUAGGUGCUCUUAUGUACAUACACACAUGAAAAAGUAAAUACUUUAAAGAAACAUUUUAAAUUUCAGAUUGAUCUUUUUUUUGUCUUUAAGAACUAAAAUAGAACUGCAACAUGUAAUUUAUAAAUUGUAGGGAAUUCAUUAAAGUUUCCAGCAAAGGGUUAUUGUAGGAAAUUUCUCUGUCUUGAAUUCCCUUCUAUUUACUAUUUUAAGUAUAUUUGGUUCUUUUCUAUCAUACCUCUCCAAGAUAUGAAGGACAGAAGAAGAAAGAAAUUAUAUAAGCCCACCCUCCCAGAUAGUUGCACAGGAAUUUAUGCUAUAAUUCCAAUUUCCAUCAUUUGCAAAUCAUCAUAUUCAAAAAUAACAUGGCAAGCUAUGAGGAAUUUUCCCCAAAUCUCUCCUAGAAGAUAUACAAAUGACGCAUAACCUUUCCUAACUAUCUUAACAAUCUUUUUCCAUAUUACCAAUGAAGCUACAUUCUCUGUGUCUUUGAAAGAGUAUUUUUAGAGGCCUUAAGUCAAUAGUCACUAUAAAUGUUGGUUACCAGUAGCCUUGAGGUUCUUGUAUUGAUGGUGUGCUCCUAAAUUUGAAAACAGAUUCAGUGCAAUGUCAGAGCAUGAGCAUUUUCAGCAUAGAUGGACCACGCUGCCGCAGAAGUGAACAUCUGAGUGCAAUAUAAUCUCCCAUGGGCAGCUAAAAUGUGACUACAUCCAGCCUUGACAUGCCAUUCUAUAUGUAGGGGAUGUCUAUUCAUAAUAAAUUUGAGCCUUCUGACAUGUAUGAAAAACACUGUUCAGGGCCAGAUUCUCAGAUGGAGUAAAGUAGCCAAAUUAGACUCUCAUUUUAUAGGUGCAGAAGAUUUGGCCCAAAGAACAUGCCUACAAAAGCUACAUUUACAGCCACACUUUCUAAAUAAUUGUCAACGCAAUCCUUUUGUGAAUAUGACACAGUUUUCCAGCUAGUUUUGUGUGAUUUACACUUGAAUUUAUUUUGCUUGAAUGUAAGUGGUGAUCACAGCAUAAGCGAAGAGCCAAAAAAAUGGGCUACUUCUUACACACAAAUGGGACAACUUGUAUAUGGCAAAGGAAAUGAGUUACUCCUAAUUUUCUGAUCUGGAAAUAUGUAGAGAGAAGCUAGAUUGGCACAUUUUGCUCAUCCACAAUGUAUGCAGCCAUUUGCGUUAGAAAAAAAAUGAAUUUUAAGAGAAAAAGCAGAGGACAGAUUGUGUCAAAGAAAAGUUUGUAGGAUGUCAGUUAAGUUAGCAUUGGUUCCCUAAAGGUGUGGAUAGGCAGAGUACAGCAGUGUUAGCUAGCAAUCUGUAUUCUUGUGUUAUAUUCCUAAUUGUCUAUGAAAUGAAGUUUGAAGAAAGUAGGAAGAGUGUAUGGACAGAAGAAAUCAUUGUCUGAAUGUUGACACAAAUGUUAGUUUCUGAUUACACCAGUAUCAUUAGGUUAGAAUGAAAUCUUUUUCCUCUUAAGCCAGUGUAGUCUGGAGUAAUUUGUUGUUGCCAGUACUGUUAAGUAAUGGGACAGCUGGCAUGAAAGAUGAGAAUCAGACUCACUGACUCUGUUUCAUACAUAUGGGUCAACAAGAACAAACUGUAGAAACACAUCACAAGAAGCCUCUUUAUAUGCAGCCUACUGGGCUGAACUUCUUCUCAAGAACUGCAAACUCCUGCAGAUGCUCUUUUGGUGGAUAUUUGGAAACCCAAACCACUCACUCUGCUAAGUUUCUCUUAACACCAUUGCUUUGUUCAUACUACGUACCAGUGCCAGCCACAUCAACACUUGAAGCCAACACUGAAACCACAGAAGGUUUCAAUGCCAGGAAUCCUGAUUAAUACGAGAGGAGUCCUGAUUAAUAUGCCAUUGACAGGCGUGAUAAGUUUGGCAGCAAGCCCCUCAAAUACAACUAGUGCAGUAUUGCAGCACUGUGCCGAUUUAGACUAGCUGGAUAGGAUACUCUGACAGAGACUCUUAAGUGAAUGUUUGACUACAUUCACUAGAGGAGUCAAGGCAUUUACUGACACCUUGCUGUGCAUGUGCAAGCAGUCUAGAGGCAGCUCACAAUAGACAGAAGACUUUGAAAGACUGCCACUCCUGUUAGAUAAUUCCAGAUAAAUUUGCUGAGCUGCCACAGAAGGAAAAAAUAUCAUUCACAAGCAGAAUUUACAUAAAGUGAAGGUUAUAGAUACAGAUACAGGUAUGAUCUGUCAAAUUCUUAAGCAAGACAUUUUUGAAAAGAAUAGUUCCAUGGAUAUGUGACUAUGUGAAGUCAAACUUGUGAAAAUGAAUCAGUUUCCCAAGUCAGUGUUAAAUAAGAAACCUAUUAUUGACAGGUUUUUUUGAUGGUCACUUUCAAAGCAUCUUAGUGUGCAUUAGCACAAAGUCAUGAAAUGAGCUACCAUCUUUGAAAGCACUGCUAUGAAUUCCCCAUGUGGGCCUGUGUGGCUCAGACUUUGCACAUUUUCAAUGUUUCUUCCUGCAUAGGCAGAUCCCAUGAUAACUUAAGGCCUAAUCCACCUCUGUUACAAAACAAUCUUCACUGCUAUUUUAUUAUGCUCUUAGAUUGAUACCGUAAAUCAGUCAAUCAGAAAACUCUCUUAAGACUCAAGUUAGAAAGCAAGAAUACUUUAUUAUCAGCACUGGAUUCACGGGGGACAUGCUCCUCCUACCACAGAUGCAUUGCACGAAAGUUCUUCAGCUUAUAUACAUUACUUGUGCUACACAGGCAGAACUUUUCCCAGAGGUAUGCUACAUAUGUGGAAAUUUCCCAGAGGCAUGUUACAUACUCAGUAACUGAUUCCAAACAGGACCCCCUAUUUCCUGGGCACAAUGACUCAGCAGAACUUCCUUUCCUCCUUAGUUCAGAGACACAGCUCUUUCUGUUAUCUAUACAAAUUGCAGGGAUAUCCAUCAGCAAACACUAACCAUCUUAACAAUACGAUCACAACUUGUAUCAAUCCCUCCUUUUCCUUUGAGGAUCUGUAACUAAUGUACAAAAACCUUCACUAUAUCAGUUUAUUAUAUCUCCAGCAAUAGUCAGAACAAUAAUUGCAGCAUACAGAAAUAACUAUCAGAAACAAUACUCCUGCUAGUGGAUACCAUUUGCAUGCUCCCUGAUAACUGGGUACAUAUUCAGCAACCAGAGGUAUUAGUUACAUUAGCUAGUUUCCCCACUGUUUGUAAAUGUACAUUACAUUUCCAUCCUUCACAGCCUAGAAAGCAAAUUCACGCCAGCAAUGUUACUUUAUGCUUGCUUAAUUAUCUUAACUUUCAAUAGUGAGGUAGUAUAUUCAACUUUCCAUGUGGAAGGUGCCUUCUUAAUCUGAGAAUAAUUAAUCCAGAAUCCUUUUACUUUCAGUUUCACUGCAGUAUAGAGGUGGAAACUUGUAAGGGUCCUUUACACUUCUCUUGCAAUGUUUCAGAAGUCCAGGGUUUGAUAUAUGCCAGUCUCCUGGUUGGAAUGGAUUCAAUGAGGAAUCCAGACUCAGAGAUUUAUUUAAGACCACAUAUUUAUUAAUCUCUUGCAAGACUCUCCUGAAAGCAAUUAGUUUCUUGUAUCAUUUUCCCCGUAUUUGCAUCUUUCCUGGUAACCCAGGAGUCUGAGAUGGUCAUCUGUACAUCAGUUUGUAUGGGCUAAGGCCUCGAGGCUGGACUCUGAUUCUCAACAAGAGUAAAGGUAAAGCCUGAGUCCAGUCCAUAGAGGUCUCUUGACAUAUUUGCUCAGCUGUGUUUUAGGCAUUUCAUUCACUCUUCCCACUUUCUCACUAGAUUGGAGUCUAUAAGGGGUAUGCAGCUUCCAUACAAUGUUUAGCAAUUCACUGAUUUCAACAAAUACUUUAACUACAAAAUGUGUACUUCUAUUGGAUGAUAUUCCUAUGCGUAUUCCAAAUCUUGGAAAAAUUUAUUUCAAUAAUAUUUUUACCACUUCCCUGGCACUAUUGGUUCAACAUGAAAAGGCUUCAGGCCAACCAGUAAAUGUAUCCUCUAUGACUAACAAAUAUUUCAGUCCUCUAGUCCAAAGCAAUUUAGUAAAAUCAAUCUGCCAGUAUUCUCCAGGUGCCUGUCUUUCUGAAUUGACAACAUAUUUCACAACUUUCAGUAACUGACCUAACUACCUCUAUUAUAUUCCAACUAAUAACUGUCUUCUGAAAAUGUUUCAGCAAUUUUUCUGUUCCCCAGUGUACAGCACUGUGCUCUUCCCUCCCUAAGCUAUUCAUGAGAUAGUAUGGUACUACUACUAGACACAAGAUAUAACUGCCCAGCCAUCUCCCUGCCUUUCUGCUAUUGGUACUGUUAACAAAUUUAGACCAGGUUUAGCACUUCAGUUUCUAUACCUUCUUCUGCAGCCUUUUGCAGCCAAGUCAGCCAGUUUGUUCAGUUGGUCCAGAGACACAGCUCUUUAUGUUAUCUAAGCAAACUGCAGGUCUAUCCACUAACAAACACUAGCAAGCUUAGCAAUAUCUGCACAACUUGUAUUAAAAUAAAUUCAGUUUUCCCCAGAUGUGGAGAUAGAGCCACACACACAGCGGAAAAGCAAAGUAAUACAUAUAUGCCUCACUAAUUAUUUCAAUUCCAAGAUUUUGCACAGUAAAGUGGUGCCAAAGUUCUCACAUUAUUUUUUGUCAUUAAAAUAUACCUCAUAUUAGACUCACAACUGAGACUGUAAAUUUACAAGAAACAUAAAAUGGUCCAGUUCUUUAUGAAAUUGUGCCUAUUUUUAUACGUAUGUGCUGUGCACAAGAGUUUAAUGUAUUCAUAAAAUAAACUUUUGUAUGUAGUGUUUUGACUCCAGAUCUUUUUUUAACAUUUUUCCCCCUUGCUACACAGCUCCUAUAUUAAA